UCUAACAAGAUUCAUUUUGACUACUUUUUAUUGUUUAGAAUUUUUAUUUUUAUUUUAUAUUAUAAGUUCUUUAUAAUCAUUUUACACAAUCGCUCAUAUUAAAAAGCACUUCUAAUAGUUUUACAGCUAAACACUAAACUGCUUUUUUUGAAAAGUACUUAUCUAAAAGCUCCUUUAAUUUUCGCUGUGUGCUCGCUUUGGGCUUGUGGUGGACAACAUCAGUAAUUAUAAGUCUCCCACCAAGUUUCACGAAUUUUUGAUGUGCAGAUUAUUUUCUACAAAUUUUUUAUUGUCAAAACUUUAAAAAAUUAUAAACCAUAAACCACAACUCCAAAUUUCGUUAAACUGCUUCUGCAAAAACUACAUGGCCAAAGUUAUAGUACAAACUGGCCAUGAAGUGAGUUUACAUGCUGCAAUGAUUCAGUCCCCGAACGAGCCCGGCAAUAAUAGGGCCCAACCCAUUUAUUGACCGAUAAAAUAUAGCAAAUUACCAGUCGGCCAGCUCAAUAGCCGGGAAGCAAGAAUCGGAUAACGAGACGCCCAAAAAAGUAAAUAGAGGUAGAGAAAGCGAGCUCGCCUUCUCCUCUCCAUCAAUGGAGAUUAUCAGCAAUCCUACACACUUCCUCUCUUCUUCUUCCCGCCACCAAUUCCCGCGCUUCUUCUCCCCUCAAUUAUCAAAUCCGUUUCUGCCUCUCUCCCACGGAACUUCCAUCCUCACUCACCGCUCCAGUCUCUCCCUCUCCAAAUCCGCUUCCAUUGCCACCACCACCUUCGCCCUGGCCGACGACGGCAUUGGAGUUUCUUCAGGUGCCGAGGUCGCCAACGAUCUUACGCUUGAAGCAAGGAGGAAAGCUGCCGAUUUGUCACUGAGGGGCACUUCCAUAUUCCUUGUUGGAAUGAAAAGUUCGUUGAAAACCAAUUUGGGGAAGCUGCUGGCGGAAGUAUUCAACUACUAUUACUUCGACAGUGAUGAAGUCGUGGAGCAAGCUGCUGGUGGUUCCUCUGCUGCCCAGUCAUUCAGAGAGAGCGACGAGGAGGGAUUCCGUGCAACUGAGACAGAAGUGUUGAAGCAAUUGACAUCCAUGGUGAGACUGGUAGUGUGUGCUGGAGAUGGUGCUGUUCAAAGCUCGACCAACUUGGCGCUUUUGAGAGAUGGGCUUUCUCUAUGGGUUGAUAUACCUUUAACCACGACACCCAGCAGCAUGAUUUCAGCCGAUUCUAGUUCCGAGGUUCUUGCUGCGUCUGAAGAUCUGAGAGGUAGAUAUGGCACAGCUGAUGGAACCAUUUCACUACAACGGGUGGCUGCGAAACUAGGCUACGAAACGUUGGACUCCGUCACCCCUGAAGAUAUGUUGCUUGAGGUUCUGAACACGAUAGAGAAACUGAUGAGUGCAAAGAAGAUGAUGGAAGCUGCGGCUACACCAUUUUAGUGCCUACUUCUCUCCGACUGCCAAGUUUUUGCAGGGUAACUCUUUAUCAUGAAUCUUGGCUUCACCUGCUAUUGACUUUGCCUUCAUGCAGUGCCACGAUUGUAUAAAUUAGGCCAUUAGAG